GAAAAAAAUUAAAAUAAAAAAUGAUUGCCGGCAUAUUACAUUCAUGUUGUCGAAGGUAUAUGGUGAACAAGAGUGAUCAUUUACGAAGCAGUAGCCGACUUGGCGCAUUGAUUUCUCACUUGUCUCCUCCUCUCCGCUCAAUGUCGUCUUCCGAAAAGGAGGCUGCGCUUGCCGCCGUACCAUCGGAUUCCCCCACCAUAUUUGACAAAAUCAUUAACAAGGAAAUACCAUCUACUGUGGUUUAUGAGGAUGAUAAGGUUCUGGCCUUCAGAGAUGUAUCUCCCCAAGCUCCUACACACAUUCUGAUUAUUCCCAAAGUUAGGGAUGGAUUAACAGGACUCUCAAAGGCUGAGGAGAGGCACUGUGAGAUACUUGGCCGACUAAUGUACACUGCCAAAAUUGUUGCCAAGCAAGAAGGCCUUGAAGAUGGCUUCAGAGUUGUGAUUAACGAUGGACCAGCAGGAUGUCAAUCUGUAUACCAUCUUCAUGUCCAUCUCCUUGGGGGACGUCAAAUGAACUGGCCACCAGGCUAAGACUUUAUGAAGUUACUUUUUAGCUGUGUGAACUCAUAAGACACCGACCUACCGACCAAAUAAUUUCUGUCAUAUGAUAUUUGCAAUAAUAACAUUUUUAAAAAUGUUACAUUAGACAAUCAUAAUGUGAGAUAAUGGUCAUCUGAUUUGUGGUCUUUGGUUAAGAAUGUUACUAUGAAAGUUAUAUCUUUUCUUUUUAAA